AUGAUCCCGCUUACACGUUCAACGACGGUGCUGACCACGCUUUUCAGGAUUCGUACGAGAGCCAUCACGCUCGAGCAAAACAAGGAAAACAUUCCUCCCGCGAAAGCCGGUAGGCUGAGUGUCAAUUCUCCAGCGGCAACUGAUCGCCUUAUCAAACCAUUUAAAUGCCCUGGCUCUGCCAACUCUCGCAAGUCCAAUGGAGAACCAGCCAGAAAGCGAAAAAGAGUGAACUAUGCCGAGGCCGAUGGCGGCACUGAGGAUACCAGUGGCGGAUUCAGCACUGAUGGAGAGAGCGCUUUGCUCAAAGAUCGUUUCCCUGUAUUUAAGGUCAAGGACAAGGAUGCAAUAUUUCGGGCACGAUUUGCAAUCCCUCUAAUCAAUAAGAAUUCCGUCGAUCCUUCACGACCAGCACCAAGUCUCGGUAUGCGUCGAGGUGCCACAUUUGUGAACAAACCCCUACACGACCCCAGUGGAGAAUUUGCGAUCGUAUUAUAUGAUCCAACAAUAGAUGAGACACCGGUGGACAAACCUGAAGAAAAGAAAGAAGAAGAGAAGCCGAAAGUCGAUACACCUCUCAUGCACAAAAGCCUGGCCGAGAUAUUAGGUCUCAAGAAACAAGUCGAGGGCGAGCGGCCGAAAGUGCCCGUUGUCAUUGAUCCACGGUUAGCCAAGGUACUGCGGCCUCAUCAGGUGGAAGGGGUGAAGUUCUUAUACCGAUGUACCACGGGGCUGGUGGAUGAGAAGGCCAAAGGAUGCAUCAUGGCGGACGAAAUGGGUCUGGGCAAGACGUUACAGUGCAUCACACUCAUGUGGACUUUGCUCAAACAGUCUCCCGAGGCUGGAAAGUCGACUAUACAAAAAUGCAUCAUUGCAUGUCCAGCCAGUCUGGUCAAGAACUGGGCCAAUGAACUCGUCAAGUGGCUUGGUGAGGGUGCCAUUAAUCCCUUUGCCGUCGAUGGGAAAGCAAGCAAGGAAGAGCUCACCCUUCAACUCAAGCAGUGGGCAAUUGCCUCGGGAAGGUCAAUUGCGAGACCGGUCCUGAUCGUAUCGUACGAGUCCUUGAGAUUGAACAUUGAAGAGCUCAAAGACGUCAAAAUUGGCUUGAUGCUAUGUGAUGAGGGACACCGCUUGAAGAACGCCGAGAGUGAGACGUAUAUGGCCCUGACUGGCUUGAAUGUUGAUCGGCGAGUCAUUUUGUCGGGGACACCGAUACAAAACGAUCUGACCGAAUACUACGCCUUGCUCGAUUUUGCGAAUCCCAACUACUUGGGCAGCAAAGCCGACUUUCGCAAGAAAUUCGAAUUGCCCAUUCUUCGUGGUCGAGACGCUGCCGGCUCGGAUGCUGACAAACAGAAAGGGGAAGAGGCCAACGCGGAACUUGGAUCGCUCGUCAAGAAAUUCAUUAUUCGCAGAACCAACGACAUUCUGUCCAAAUACUUGCCCGUCAAAUACGAGCACGUCGUCUUCUGCAACUUGGCACCUUUCCAGAGGGACCUUUACCGCCACUUUAUCCAGAGUCGUGACAUCAAAAGCUUGUUGAGGGGGAAAGGCAGCCAGCCCUUGAAAGCCAUUGGAAUCCUAAAGAAAUUGUGCAAUCAUCCCGAUCUUCUCAACCUGGAUGAAGAUUUGCCCGGCAGUGAGAACUUCUGGCCAGAUGACUAUGUCCCAAAAGAAGCCCGGGGACGUGAUCGAGAUGUCAAAUCAUGGUAUUCGGGAAAAUUUGCGGUGCUUGAGCGCAUGCUGGCACGGAUCCGUCAAGAUACGAAUGACAAAAUUGUGCUCAUCAGCAACUACACUCAGACCCUGGAUGUGUUUGAGAAAUUGUGCCGAGCACGCUCGUACGGAUAUCUUCGGCUUGAUGGUACCAUGAAUGUCAAUAAACGCCAGAAGCUAGUCGACAAAUUCAACGAUCCUAACGGCGCGGAAUUUGUCUUCUUACUCAGCAGCAAAGCGGGUGGUUGCGGUAUCAACUUGAUCGGUGCCAACCGGCUCGUGCUCUUUGAUCCCGACUGGAAUCCGGCUGCGGACCAACAGGCUUUGGCCCGUGUUUGGCGAGACGGGCAAAAGAAAGACUGCUUUGUAUACAGAUUCAUGGGAACGGGUACCAUCGAGGAAAAGAUUUUCCAACGACAGUCACACAAACAGGCGUUGUCGUCAACGGUGGUGGAUUCCGCGGAGGAUGUGGAGCGACAUUUUACGCUCGACUCUUUGCGAGAGCUGUUCCAAUUCAAGCCGGAGACUCGCAGUGAUACCCACGACACAUUUAAAUGCAAGCGAUGCAAGCCAGACGGCGUCCAACAAACCAAAGCCCCUGCGAUGCUCUAUGGUGAUACCAGUUCUUGGAACCACUUUGUCAACAAUGGAGAAGAGGGACCGCUUGGAAAGAUUCAGGACCUUCUCCUUCGACAAGAAGCGUCAGAAGAUGCGGUUAGCGCGGUCUUUCAGUAUAUCAGUCACUGA